UACUAGUCCAAUAUUAAUCAAUUUAGUGAUUAGUUGUUGUAGGUCGUGCAUAUAUAUAGGUCUUUACGACACGGUUGGUUCGAGUCGUCGUAGAGAAACUUCGAUGUGGAAGACGGAAAAGAAUUGGUAGCAGAAACGAAUCGAAUUAUUUUCUUAACAAUGUGCAGUAGUCGCCAACACUUGAUCAUCUUCAUUUGUGUUUGUACGUGGUUGUCGACUUGUGUUGUGAGAAGUUUCGGCGCCGUUGAGCAGUGCAUUGAUGGUGUUUAUCACAAAUUAAGACCUACACCAGAAACAGCAGAAUAUAAAUUUUGUACACCUUGGAAGAAUCUGACUUGCUGUACAACACAACUUGACAAUGAGAUAGUACAAGGCGACUCGCCAAAGAAGUAUAACAGCACGUGGCACAUGUGUGGAAACCUUUCACCCAAUUGCUCAAAACAUUGGAAGCGACAGGAGUGUUUUUACCAAUGUUCACCUUAUGUGUACAAGUGGAAAAACCCAUUGUAUAAAGGAGCUUUUAUAGGUGUCCCUAUUUGUGCCGAGGAGUGUGAUGCUUGGUAUGAGGAUUGUAAACAUGAUCUCAUCUGUGUACAGAAUGUACUUAGUGAGUACAAUAAAAGUGAAUGUUCUCAAAAAUGUGUCAAGUACUCAGAGAUGUAUGGUAAUGGUGAAAGCCUGUGUACCAAAAUGUGGGGAGAUUCAUACAAAUAUGUCAAAAAUAAUGGUGAAAAUUGUAUGAAAUUUUGGUUUGAUGCAUAUUCACCAAACCCCAAUGCAAAGGUUCUUAAAGAAGGCAAUGGUUCUGCUUUGAAAAGUACUCCUGUAAAAUUGCUGAAGAUGACAGCCAUGUGUGUCAUCUUUGCCGUUUUAUUGUUAUAAACUGAGUAACUUUUUUGUUUAUGUUUAAUUAUGUGGCUAGUGUAUCAAACCAUUAGUAUGAUUUAUUGUUGCCCAUGGAAUUUUUGUUAAUGUACUUAUAGAAAUUAAUGCAUGCAGAAAAUAUGAUAUUAAGAUGCCAUGAAUUCCUGUAAAUACUCACAUAAACAGAUCGCGCCGUGUGCAUGGGUCAAAAUAAUAUUCAAAAUUAGACUAAAAAUUAACUAUCUAUUCUAUGUUCUUUUACAUUACAUCUUCAGUAUCCGUUUGAGUAAAAAUUCAUAAAUUUAGAAGCUCUAAAAUGCUAGUUCCUGGAGUGUGGAAGAAUAUUUGACCUAAAACUGACGGUCUGGAGAUUUUAUCUUAUCUUAAUUUAUAGAAGAAUAUUAAGCCAUAUGUUGAGUAUAUUCACAAAAAUAUUUUAUUAAAUGGGCCAAUCUCAAUAAAAUAAUGAGCAUAGCAA